CACAUACAUUAGCCCAAACCUUUUUGUCUCGGCCUAUUUUAUUUUUCUUUUAGUUCUCUCUGCUUUUGCUACAGACAGAGCAAAAACUAACCGAAGAGAUGCGAGGAGCUGAGUCGUUGGUUACCUUAAACCACAAGAUUCUCCGGCCAUGUAGGAAACUCCUAAUCAGAAUCAGCAAGAGCUGUCCUCGACGCCAUAACCGGCAUUUGAAACUCAAGAAAGCAUCUCCUUCUUCUUCAGCUUCUUCAGGGAACAAGGUCACCAAAGUGGUGGCUUUGUUCUUCCUCUCCUUCCAUAAAAAGAAGCAGAAGAAAGAGAAGAUGAAGCGGCUUAACGAACUCAGGAGCUUCUCGCACGCAGUCAGUGACCAGAAGAAGGUCCCAAACAAAGAAUCAAACAAGAAAGUUUUCCCAUCAAGACUCACAAUGUCAUGGCUAGGUCAAGGCAAGGGUAACAACAACAACACACAGGAAGUCCCUCAAGAUCACGAUGCACGUAGUAGAGACAGCACAAGCGCAUUCAUUCCUUGAUAUUUCUAUGCUCUAUCAAGUCUCAAUGUACAUUGACAUUGAGAGAUCCUACACUAAGAUAUUUUAUAUUACGCGAGAUACUUCUCUAGCAAUAUCAAUCUGUGUGUUUGCAUAUUGUGGUCAUUGAAAAGGUUAAAACAAGAUUGAUGCAUAUGAUGAAUUUUGUAGUAAUGGGGUUAAUUAAAUAUAAUAUUAGAAUCAUCAACAAAAGGAUUGCAAUUUCAAGAAUCCAAAUAAUAUUGGAAACAGAAAGAAGAUAGACAUUGAAUCUUUAUACAUCUAUCCUAAAAGCACGGACCAAGUUGCUUCAUUCCCUAAACCCCCAAUCUUAGGCAAAUCAAUUCACCCAUUGGGUUGAUACAAAGUUUGGAGUAAGAAGCCAGGUAACUAUCCUCCAACCAUUUCUUGGCAGCAUCU